CCUCCCCUUCAGUCUUGCACAUGUGUACCGGCUCCUCCCCUUCAGGCUUGCACAGUUUUACCGGCUCCUCCCCUUCAGGCUUGCACAGUUUUACCAGCUCCUCCCCUUCAGUCUUGCACAGGUGUGCCGGCUCCUCCCCUUCAGGCUUGCACAGUUGUACCGGCUCCUCCCCUUCAGCCUUGCACAGGUGUACCGGCUCCUCCCCUUCAGCCUUGCACAGGUGUAUCGGCUCCUCCCCUUCAGUCUUGCACAGAUGUACCGGCUCCUCCUCUUGAGUCUUGCACAGGUGUACUGACUCCUCCCCUUCAGUCUUGCACAGGUGUAUCGGCUCCUCCCCUUCAGUCUUGCACAGGUGUAUCAGCUCCUCCCCUUCAGUCUUGCACAGGUGUACAAGCUCCUCCCCUUCAGUCUU